GUGAGUUACUCCAGCACUUUGUGUCCUUUCUUUUGUAAACCACCGUCUACUAUUCCUUGUUUCUACAUUUUGACUACCCCACUGCAAAGUCUCCUCAGGUAUACCUCCUUUGAAGAAGUUCUCGCCUGAAGAAAGGUCCCAACCCAAAACAUUCCGUAUCCAUGUUCGCCAGAGAUGCUGCCUGACCUGCAUCUUUGACCUCAGGGCGUUUCGCUGGACACAGGUUAUGAUCUUUGCCAUAAAGGAGAUAAACCGGGAUCACACGCUCCUGCCAAACAUCACGCUGGGGUACAGGAUCCACGAUUCCUGUGCCUCGCCCUCGCAGUCUGUGAGAGCGGCCCUCACGUUGAUUAGCGGACAGGAAACAACCAGCCCUGACUUUAAAUGCACGGGAGCCCCUCCAGUGCCCGUCAUCAUCGGAGAGUCGGGAUCAUCCCAAUCGAUAUCCAUUUCAAGAGCAGUCGCACCCUUUGGAGUCUCAAUGGUUAGUUAUUUCUCUACCUGUGCAUGCCUUAGCAACAAGCAGGAAUACCCGACAUUUUUUAGAACAGUCCCAAGCGACUUAUUUCAAGCCAAGGCUUUAGCUCAGCUGGUGAAGUACUUUGGCUGGACUUGGAUUGGAACCAUUGCCGGAGACAAUGAUUAUGGCCAGUAUGGGAUCCAAGCAUUCAGUGAGCAGGCGAAGGAAGCUGGGGCCUGCAUCGCUUUUUCAGAAACGGUUCUCAGAACAUACCCCAAGGAGAGGAUCCUCAAGAUCGUAGGGACCAUAAAAAGGUCGACUGCCAAGGUCAUCCUGGCCUUCGCCUCCGAGGGCGACCUUUACCCUCUGCUGAGAGAAAUUGUCCAUCAGAACAUCACCGGGAUUCAGUGGAUAGCGAGUGAGGCUUGGAUUACAGCAUCGAGACCUUCCAGCAAGCACAAUUUCCAAUCUCUCGGGGGCACGAUUGGAUUUGCAAGCCACAAAAUGAAAAUCCCCGAAUUUGGAAGAUUCCUCUCAAGUCUACGCCCUUCAAAUUCAACUGGGAGCUUCCUGGAUGCUUUCUGGGAGACGCUGUUUGAUUGCUCUUUUAAAGCAGAAAUGCACGACUCUGCAUUUAACACUGCAAAAUGCUCGGGUCAAGAGGACUUGCAGAAGGUGAAUCAUUCCUUCUUUGACAUCAAUCAAUUACGAGUGACUUAUAACGUCUACAAAGGAGUUUAUGCCAUCGCGCAUGGCCUCCACAAUUUGCUAUUUUGUCCAGAUAAAUUAUUGGGAGCUAAUCUCUGCGCCAACGUUUCAAAUAUUGAUCCAUGGCAGCUAUUUCAUCACUUGAAAGAUGUAAGAUUCACCAACCGUCUUGGAGAACAAGUAUAUUUUGAUCCCAACGGCGAUCCACCUGCAUCAUACGAUAUCAUAAACUGGCAGAUGAAUGACAAGGGCUUGGUUCAACAUGUAACAGUCGGCUAUUUUGACACAUCUGCGGCACUGGGAAAAGAGUUUGUGAUAAAUGAAGAUAUUAUUCUCUGGCAUGGGAACCAAAGAACAGUCCCACAGUCCAUCUGCAGUGAACAUUGCCCACCUGGUACUCGAAAAGCUGCACAAGAUGGACAACCUAUUUGCUGCUUUGACUGCAUCUUGUGUGCCGAAGGUGAAAUCAGCAACUCAACAGAUUCAAUAGAAUGCAUGAAGUGCCCCUUGGAAUAUUGGUCCAGUCAGGACAGACAACAGUGUGUAGGUAAAGACAUUGAGUUCCUUUCGUUUGAUGAUACGAUGGGAAUGAUACUGGGGGCUGUGGCGUUGCUUGGAACGUUGAACACUCUCGUGAUUGCAUCUCUCUUCCUGCACCGCAAGGAUACGCCCAUCGUCAAGGGCAAUAAUGCUGAGCUCAGUUUCCUGCUGCUGUUUUCCCUGGGACUUUGCUUCCUGUGCUCGCUCACCUUCAUUGGCCGCCCUUCCCACUGGUCCUGCGCACUGCGGCACACUCUUUUUGGGAUCGCUUUCGCCCUCUGCGUAUCCUGCCUGCUGGUCAAGACUGUUGUGGUGCUAUCGGCCUUUAAGGCGACUGGCCCCCAGACGAGGACAAUGAAGUGGUUCGGAGCUGCCCAGCAAAGACUCAUCGUUUGUGGGUGCACCCUCCUCCAAAUUCUGAUCUGCGUCACCUGGCUUGCCAUGGCACCACCCUUCCCAUCGAAGAACAUGAGAUACCACAACACAAAGAUUCUGCUGGAGUGUGAUGUAGGAUCUCCAAUAGCUUUCUACUGCGUGUUGGGCUACAUCGGUGUUUUAUCCGGCUUGUGUUUUGUGCUGGCUUUUCUAGCUAGGGAGCUCCCUGGGAAAUUCAAUGAGGCCAAACUCAUAACCUUCAGUAUGAUCAUCUUCUGUGCUGUUUGGCUGACCUUCAUUCCAGCCUACGUCAGCUCACCGGGAAAGUACACCGUCGCCGUCGAAAUCUUUGCUAUUCUGUCCUCCAGCUUUGGUUUGCUCUUCUGCAUUUUCGUUCCCAAGUGCUACAUUAUCUUGUUCAAACCAGAGGAAAAUACCAAGAAGGGCUUGAUGGGGAAAGGCACUUUCAAAAAGAGUUAACAGGGAAGCCACAUCUGCUAAUGUCAUCCAUCCCUUCAGAAAGGCUUUAGAGAAGAGACAUUGACACUUGGAACCAUCAAGAUCCUCCUCACUAGUUAUUUUUGAGUGAAAGAUACAGCGUGGAAACCCACGCCGACCAUCGAUCUCCCGU